GCUGGGGCGCGGUCUCGCCUUGCCCCACCCCUCCCGGGUGGCGGGCAGCUCGCGGUGCGCAUGCGUUUUGUGGGAUUCGUGGUGGUGCGUUCGCUGGCGGGUGUGUUGCGUUCGGCGUAGCUUGCGCGCCCGGCCCUCCCCAUGGCCAAGCGGCGCGCGGAAUCGCUGGUCUGCUACGCGCCCUUCAAGCGGCUCCUGCGGGAGCCGCCGCCUCCCCGCGCCGCCCUGCCCGAGCGCCGCACGCGGAACGAGACAGCGGGUGCCGGCCCCGCCGCCAAGCGGAAGCUGGAGGAGGCCGAGGCGCCGCCGGGAAAGCGUCCCGGGCUGCGGGGCGGCAGUCCCCGCGGGGAGCAGGGGGAUGCGGCGGGGAGGCGGCGGCGGCGAGGCGGGCCCGCGGCGCCCCAAGACGAGCGGACGACGGAGGGAAACGACGGCAGGCGUGCCAAGGAGCCUGCAGCCACCCCGCAAGAAGAAUUCAGUCAGUUUAACUCAUUCUUGUAUUGGAGAGCACCAUUGCCUACAAUUGAUUUGUCUGAUAUUCAGAACCUGCAUGGAGAGACUACAUCUGCUGAUAAAACUCCUUCAAGGACUGAUACCAUGGAGACUGAGAUGGAGACCUGAUCAGUUGUUUCAUAUUUGUACAUCUACUCGCAGGAAGCUUGUUUCUGUUUGGAUUCAGUUUUUUUUCUGUGUGGGAGAAAAAUCAGUGUGCUUCUGUUUUCAUGAAGAAACAGUGUUACUUCAAUCUGAAAAGGCAAGUCAGAGCUGUCAGGUUGGUGGCAUCAUCUCUGUUAAGUACUGUUAGCUGGCUGGAGAUGUGAACUUACUGAUUCUGUGCCGAGGAGGCUUAUGUUUGUCUAGCACAAAGGCUUGACUUCAUGGAAGCAAGGUAGACGAAAACUACAAAAAAUUAAUUAACUUCUGGAUGCAAUUGUAAGAAACAGUUGGAUAAGUUACACAUGGAAAGGAAAUGGAAAAUAAUUUAGCUUGUCCUGAAGAAAAUGUGUAACUGUUGUACCACAAUAUGAAAUUCUUUAUCAUAAAGCACAGAAACUAGUAUUUUUUAGUGUUUUUUUUUUUAGUGUAAUAGCUAAGCCAAAAAAUAGAAGUCCACCAAAACCAGACAAAACAUUCCCUUUUCUAUGCAAACCAAAAAUGAGUGUGUUGGGGAUGGGAAAGGAAAAGGGGAUCUAUUCUAUAAGCUGCCAGUGUUUUGAAUGAUGAUUUACAUUCUUCUUGUGAUCACUCAAAGCAGAUAGUUUUUAGAUUUUUUGAUCUGUUCUUAAGUUAAUCGUUUUCUUAUUCUUUGUGACAUUAAACUAGCUGGUAAUGUGGAAAUAGCAGCUGUGUCAUGCAGGGUCAUGAAAGGUUAAUGCAGUAUGAAUUGUGUACGUAGUUGACUGAGGUUUAGUUUUUGGCAGAUGUUGUGGAUGUUGCAGAAACUUUUUUACAGAAGUUCAAUUAGUGUUUCUUUUGCUGUGAAAUAUGAUCGUAAUGCGCUUUUUCGUAAUUUAUCUACAAGUUGAAAUACAAUUAGAAAUAUGUGUCUUCAAUAGUAGGCUGAAAUUUGAAGUUAUAUUGGCAGACUGUCAGACUUACGAAUGUGACUUGAUUUUAGGUGAGUUUGUCAUAUUUUUGCUGGAAUAAUCUUCAAAUAAAAUAAAAUUCUUUUUACUAAUGUAUUUGUUAAAGGUCAAUACAAUUUCAGCUGUGCGCAUUUGAAGGCCUUGGGACUGUUACUGUUUGAAGCUCCUGACUUGUAACUUGAUUGUUUUAUUUAUUGUCAUUGUUUGAAAAGAGACAACUUAUCAGCCUUUGUAGUAAAGAGUUCAAAACUUUUUUUCA